AUGGACGACUGUGACGUCCUGGUGGUGGGCUCUCGAGGUGGGCAAGUGGUGUUGCCGAACCUGUGGGCGUGGGGCGCGAAGGUUCCCCCCGCGGUGGUCAUCAACGGGGGCUGCGCCAUGAACUUGCCCACGCAAGUUUUCUGGCCCGACCACGCGAUCACAUUCCUGCUGAUGGGCGGGCAGGACAACUUCCGUGGUGAUUUCUCGCACGAGGACCCCCCCGAGUACCUCGAGGACGCGAUCAGCCGGGUCCCGCCUGGGAACGGCACGACGGCGAUCCUCUACGUGAACGAGAUGCAGCACAUGCCACAGGCGCCCCUGCUCGCCGCCGUCCUUCCGCACAUGCUGCUGGCCCUCCUUAGAUGGCAGGAGAGCCGCGCCCCUCCGCUGCACGAGUUCCGCCCGCUGCUGGCAGCGCUGAACCGGGACGGCUGGUCUGGCCGCCUGCUACACACGCGGUCGCCGGGGAAUUGGGAGGACGUGACCUUCAGCCCGGUGGAGGUGGCGCGCGCCUGUCGCUCUGGCCCUGCGCGGAGCUGGGUGCCCGAGCUCGAGCGGAGGCCCCAGGCCGAUCGCAGACCGCCAGUCGAGCUCUCGCGGAAGGACGAGCUGAAGGCGCUCUGGCGCGCCGCAGCGGCUGCGUCCCUGCCGCGCGGCGGCGCGCCGAAGACGGAGCCGACCGCGCACUUUGCGGCCCUGGUGCAGGCCGCGGUCGCGCAGGCGACUCCUCAGCUGGGCGCUGGUCAGAGGCCCAAGCCCCUGCUGCCGAUCUCUGUGGCGGGCCACGGGGACCCCAAGGCGCUGCGCGCCGGUCGGACACCAGCGCACCAGCA